AUGGCUCGCCUCUGUCUCCCUGGGUUGCCCUUCCGAAAGGCCCCUCUAGUCGACCGGUUCAAGACCCAGCGCGCAUUCCUCUCGUUUCCCGUGGCCCCCGUCGCGCGCUUCGUCUUUCGCCGGAACUACGAGGUUCCUUCCCGCUCCUUUUUGCCAGUCUCGAUCCCCCGAACUGGCGUCCGCUCCUUUGCCAAUAUGCGAAUUGGCUCGCGUCUCCCUGUCCCGGUAAGGACACCCACUCCUUUGACUGUUUCACCUGUCCCAGCUGCCACUGGGGCAGGGCGCUCGCUAAAAGGCUCCCUUUCCCGUCUCGAGGAAAGGCGGGCAGCUAGACAGGCCCGAUCUCGACCUUGGGUUUCGCCCAAGUCGCAGAGUCAACAAAAGUCCCCCGAGGGACCCCUGUCGAUGCUUCACCCGUCUCCCCCGACUCACCCUAGUCACUCGUUUUGCCCUGGCUCGCAUCGGCCCGACGUUCGCUCUUCGAAGGCUCAAAGGGCGAUCAGACGGAUCGAUGAGGUUCUUGCCAAGUCUGCUCUGGCUUCGGCUGGGGCAGGUGGCCGCAAGACCAAGUCGUUGAAGUCUGUUCGUUUCGGAGAGACCACCGCCGUUCCUGUUUCCCGUUGGAUCGACCGUCGAGAGAACGUCUUCCCCGCUCCGCUUGCCGCCAUGGGUUACCUUCAGGGAUGGAAAGUCACGCCACUAUCGAAGCCGGAUGAGGAUGGUGAGACAGAGAAGUACACCACGUAUUGGGGUUCCGACUCCUAUAUCAUGCUAACUUCUAGUCACUCCGCCUCCCAACCAUGCGAUCGUUACGGCUGCGCGUGGAACCGCUUGGCUCGCAUUGCGGACAUGCGGCCCACGUGGGGUCCGGCAACGGUUUUCAUGGCUUACAACCAGCUUCGAGAGCAAAUCCGACAACGUGGAGGAUACCGACUGUAG